AUGUCAUUGACAAAGUUACCGCCGAUAAGAUUUUCCCCAGAAAUCAAUGGAUACUUUCUGAAAUACUAUACUCAAUCAAAGUGGCAGAUUAUUUGUGAUGCGUUAUCUACUGCUCCGACCAUGUCAUUUAUGCGUAUCGUUUCUGAACCACGAGAAGAAGUACAACAAGUGGUUCAAAGCUUUGUAGAUGAGCAAUGUAAAGAUAAACAAUGGCCGUUAGCCAUGAAAGUUACUCAGCAUUCAAUUCUUCCUGACGUCCUAUGUAUCCCAGUAGAGGGUCCGUUCGACAUCAAGCAAUACGAGAAAGAAGUCGUCGUCGACAUCUUUGCUGGCACUUCUAUACUCCGUGGAGCCGAUAUCUUUGCAUUUGCGUCACCUUUUGAGAUCCAGAAACUGACGAAUACAUCUCUAAAUCUAAAAGUUGAGAAGGGAGAAGAAGUCGCGGUUAUGGUUGAUAUUGAUGGAAGCUGCAAACGCGGUUCCCUCAAAGAGUACAAAGGUUCCAAGAUCUUUAUUGGGAACGGCAGAAUGGAAAUGAGCCGCGCACAAAUAUUCCAAUCAAAUCCAUUAGAAUUAUCAGGCAUAGGCGUUACGAUGACUUUUCCACUAUAUCGUACUCUAUCACUGUCGACGAAUCCUCAAUUGUCUUCCCUAGUUUUUUUACAGAAUCUGCCAAGUAUUCUGACAACACAUUUGCUAUCACCGCAACCGGGUGAUUUGGUAUUAGACAUGUGCGCAUCACCAGGCGGGAAGACAACGCAUAUUGCACAGUUGUUACAAAACAAUGGCAUGGUUAUUGCAUUGGAUAGAUCAGUGAAGAAAGUGGAGAAGCUACUCGAGACUGUGAAAGCGUGUGGUGUUGAGAAUGUAGUAAGAUGUUUUGUGUUGGAUGCAACAAAGGCCCAUUUAUUGUCUACAGAUGAGUUGGCGAGAUUUUCUGUCGAGGAUAUAAGAUCGGGAAUGAGGACGAUGGUUAAGGGUUUCCCAGAACAGACAUUUGAUCGUGUAUUACUUGAUCCACCUUGCAGCGGUAUUGGUCAACGUCCAAUAUUUAUUCCUCCAAAUCAAAGUAUCACCUAUCUUGCCACUGUGCAACCAGAUUAUCAGAAGAAGCUUUUCAAGUCUGCCUUUGCCCUCUUACGUCCUGGCGGUACCCUAGUAUACUCUACAUGUACGAUAAAUCCUUUAGAAAACGAGCAUGUUGUCGGCUGGGCAUUACGAGAGUUUUCAGAUUACCUGAUACUGGUUGAACCAGAAAUUAAGAUUGGUGAGCCUGGAUUACGCAAUGCAGGUUUGAACGAAGAGGAAAGGCAUCGCGUUCAAAGGUUUGAACCAGGGAUAGCUGGUGGUGAGGAAACUAUUGGCUUUUUUGUUGCCAAGUUUAAAAGAAUAGAGAAAUAA